GCUGGCGAGUAACUGCCCUGGGGGAGGCGGGGUCCGAGCCGGCGCUGAGGGCCUGGGGCCAUGGUGUCCGGGGUGUAACGGAGGCGCCGGGCGGAGCAGCGGGGGGCACCAUGAUCAUUGAGAACGUGGACGCCCUCAAGACCUGGCUGGCCAAGUUACUGGAGCCGAUAUGUGAUGCAGACCCUUCAGCCUUAGCUAACUACGUUGUGGCAUUAGUCAAGAAAGACAAACCAGAGAAAGAGCUGAAGGCUUUCUGUGCUGAUCAGUUAGACGUCUUUCUGCAGAAAGAAACUUCAGGUUUUGUAGAUAAACUAUUUGAAAGUCUGUACACAAAGAACUACCUUCCUUCCCUUGAACCAGCAAAACUAGAACCGAAGCCUGCAGGUCAGGAAAAAGAAGAAAUCAAAGAGGAGAUAUUUCAAGAGUCGUUUGAGGAAGAACGAGAUGGCAGGAAAAAGAAGUAUCCUAGCCCACAGAGAAACCGUUUAGAUUCUAAUGAACAAAGAACCAGAGAGAAAAAGAGAGAUGAUGGCAAAUGGAGAGACUAUGACAGAUACUAUGAUCGGAAUGAUUUAUAUAGAGACAAAUACGACUGGCGAAGAGGCAGGAGUAAAAGUCGUAGUAAAAGCAGAGGGUUAAGCCGAAGUCGUAGCCGCAGCGGGGGUAGAAGCAAAGACCGGGAUCUGAACAGAAAUAUUGCGGAACACAAAGAGAGAGCAAAAUUCAAGAGUGAAAGGAAUGACAUGGAGAGCUCAUAUAACCCAGUGUCUUUGUCAUCCAGUAAUUCUACUGAACAGUAUUCCUCUGCGCAGUCUAUUCCCAGUGCUGUUACCGUGAUUGCACCUGCUCACCAUCCCGAGAACACCACAGAGAGUUGGUCAAAUUAUUAUAACAAUCAUAGUGUUCCCAAUUCAUUUGGCAGAAACCCUCCUCCUAAAAGACGAUGUCGAGAUUAUGAUGAGCGAGGAUUUUGUGUCCUUGGCGACCUUUGCCAAUUUGAUCAUGGAAAUGACCCUUUAGUAGUAGAUGAAGUUUCAUUGCCAAGCAUGAUUCCUUUUCCACCACCACCCCCAGGACUCCCUCCUCCUCCUCCUCCUCCUGGUAUGCUAAUGCCUCCAAUGCCAGGUCCAGCUCACAAUAUGAGAAUGCCAGGCCCACAAGUACAUCCUCGGCCACCACCUCCUGUCGUGCUUCCUGUAUCAAGACCACCUUUAACACAGUCAAGUUUGAUGAAUAACCGUGACCAGCCUCGGACGAGUGCAGUGCCCAAUCUUGCACCCGUGGGAGCAAGACUACCUCCUCCUUUACCCCAGAACCUACUGUAUACAGUAUCAGAACAUACGUAUGAGCCAGAUGGUUAUAACCCUGAAGCACCUAGUAUUACCAGUGCUGGUAGAUCUCAAUACCGACAGUUCUUUACUAGAACACAGACACAGCGUCCAAAUCUGAUUGGCCUAACGUCUGGGGAGAUGGAUACAAAUCCAAGAGCGGCCAACAUUGUCAUCCAGACUGAAACUCCCAUUUCCAUUGCAAAUAACAGCAGCAAUGUAACCAGAGUGGUGCUUGAGCCAGACAACAGGAAAAGACCUCCAAGUAGUAUGGAAGGCCCAUCUGUAAAGAAACCCUGGAUGGGAAAGCAAGCCAAUAACCAGAAUAAACCAGGAUUUCUGAAAAAGAAUCAGUACACUAACACCAAGCUGGAAGUUCGAAAAAUCCCACCUGAGUUGAAUAAUAUUACACGACUCAAUGAACAUUUCAGCAAAUUUGGAACUAUUGUUAACAUUCAGGUUGCUUUCAAGAAUGAUCCUGAAGCUGCUCUAAUUCAGUAUUUAACUAACGAUGAGGCCAGAAAGGCCAUUUCCAGCACAGAGGCAGUUUUAAACAAUCGAUUUAUAAGGGUGCUGUGGCAUAGGGAAAAUGAGCAGCAGCCACCACUGCUGCAGCAACACCUGCACCAUCACCAGCAGCCACCACCACAAUCUCUGCAUCACCAGCUUCAUCUUCAACAACAAACACUGACUGCCCAACCUCCAGCUGCAACGGUACAUAGCAAUGUGUCAAAGGUGAUAACUAAACCACUGGCAUCGGGUGCCUAUGUCCUUAAUAAGGUUUCAGUUAAACGUCGCCUUGGAGCAGCAGGUGGAAACCAGACCGAUGCAGCACAUUUGUUAAACCAGUCCACUGCUACUGCAGAGGAUUCUCAGACAUUUCCUACUUCUACAAGCCAUACAAAAAUGGUGUACAAUUCCCCAAACUUAAAGACAUCUGUGAAAUCUGGCACAGGAUCUAAAUCCCAUGACGUUCAAGAGGCCCUUAAAAAGAAACAGGAGGCAAUGAAGCUACAACAAGAUAUGAGAAAAAAGAAGCAGGAGAUGUUAGAAAAACAAAUAGAAUGCCAAAAGAUGUUGAUAUCUAAGCUGGAGAAAAAUAAGGCCACGAAACCAGAGGAGAGGGCAGAAAUAAUGAAGACCUUGAAAGAACUAACAGGAAAAAUCUCUCAAUUAAAGGAUGAAUUGAAAACUUCUUCUGUAGCCUCCACACCAUCAAAACUGAAGUCCAAGACAGAGGCACAAAAGGAGCUUUUAGAUGCAGAACUGGACUUUCAUAAAAGAUUGUCUUCUGGAGAAGAUACAACAGAGUUGCGGAAAAAACUCAGUCAACUACAGGUUGAGGCUGCCCGUUUAGGUAUCUUGCCUGUAGGUCGAGGAAAGGCGAUAUCUGCUCAGGGCAGAGGAAGAGGACGAGGUCGUGGUGGGAGAGGAAGGGGCACAUUGAAUCAUAUGGUGGUGGAUCACCGCCCCAAAGCUCUAACUGUUGGUGGCUUCGUAGAAGAGGAGAAAGAUGAAUUAUUACAACAUUUCUCUAAAUUUGGAGAUAUUGAAGACCUCCAAGAAGAGGAUUCUCCUUUAAGUGUCGUUCUGACUUUUAAGUCCCGCUCAGAAGCUGAAAAUGCUGCUAACCAAGGAUCAAGAUUCAAAGACCGAAGACUUCAGAUAUCAUGGCACAAACCUAAGGUACCGUCUGUGUCCACAGAAAUUGAGGAAGAGGAGUCCAAGGAAGAGGAGACUGAAACCUCAGAUUUAUUUUUGCACGAAGAUGAUGACGAUGAUGAUGAAGAUGAAGAUGAAUCCCGUUCUUGGAGAAGAUGAAACUUGAUUUGGAAUUGUAUAGUUUUAGGAAUAUAGUUUGAACUACAACUUUUAAAAAUUUAUUUAAGAAAGUUGAUGAGCCAAAAAUUUUUAUUUUAUUUUACUUUUCAAAACACACAGUAGAUUUCAAGUGAGAACAAGUUUGUGAUAUGAACAUGUCAGAUACUUAGCUGUGAUACUAGGUCAGCCAAAGGCCCAAUGACUUUUUACAGAGUUAUAAAGAUCAUCAGUGGUGGUAGUCCUGCUAUAAAGAAGAAACUUAUCAAUAUUGUCAAGCCCUUUUUUCACACCACCUGUAUUAUCUUGUUUUUUAAUGCUUUGAUUUAUUAGAUAUAAAUGAAAAAAUAUUACAGGUUUUAUUUAGUAAUAUUAUAGGGUUGCAGGAGAGAGCUGCAGACACAUUUUCAUUAAAUGUCAAUUGCUUCAUGUUUGCUAACUCAAAAAGGGUAGCAUUUUAUUACAUGUGAAGUCAGCUAUUGUAGGAAAUGUCUGAAUUCAUUUUUUGCUUCAAGACCUGUCUUGAGAGCCACACACAACUUCAGUGUAGAAGACCCCAACUUUUCUGCAUUCUAGUGUUUUGUCUUCUGUUUCCUCUUGCAUACUUUAACAGGGUAUUAGUAUGAUAUUGCCUGGUACUAGUUCACUGUAAAUUGCUUUAAAUCCUGUUUCACUGUGAAACAUUAGCAGUGACACUGAUAUCUGUGUCCAUUCUUUCACUGUCAGUGUCAAUUCCUUCUUACAGUUUGGAUACAAGAUUCAAGCUUAAUCCAGGCUGUUGAUUUAUUGCAUUGUCAGUAUUGGUAAAUGUCAAUCCUGUUAAACUGUGUAGAGUUCUAAAACAAUCAACCGUGAGAACCCUCUUCUCCCACCUCCGCAAUGUGACCAAGUCUGUCACUUUUAUUAAUAUUCGGGCCAAACCCAUACAGUGUUCAGAGCAAGUUUUUUGGCCCAUGGAAGGUCGAUAUCCUAUUAUACUAAACCAGCACUUUAAGUGAUAUGAUUCUUAAGACUAGUGUUUAAAACUCACUUUAGGAAAACUAUUUGUAUUUAUAUCUUAAAGUGCAGUUUAGUUUAAAAGCAGGUAAGACAGACACUAUGAAAUUUUCAAUUGCCUUUGUCUUUAUACCACUUUAAAACAAAAAAGCACCAAAAAAGAAAUGAUGGUGAUUUUGGUAAAAAUGGGGCUAAGAAGUUUAGACCCUCAAGAGCCAUAGAUCUUCAUAACUCUGUUAUGUGGGUCUUGCUGUUCGUGAGCAUAAAUACAUUAUCCAGUAGGCUUUCCUUCACUCUGUAGGCAUCUGUACUGUACGCUUUGUACAGUUGGAGUUAUCUGUUAUGUAAGUAGUCAUAUAAAAUAGUCUUUGCAUUCUGAAUGUCAGUUUGAAGGAGCAGAGCAAACACUCUUACCAACUGCUGGGAUUCUAAACAGCUUGUUAUAUACAUGUACCAAAUGCAUACAUUCUUGGCUUUAGAAAUCAUAUAUUGCUUUCAGAUAUUUAGCACACCAGAGUAUUUGGCAACUGGUUCCUGAUUCAAAAUAAAUACAACAUGUACCAGAAAUUUUAAUUUAGGCUGAACAUAGCUAGUUACUUGAAGUCAUGUUCUUUCAAGUUGCCCCUUGUACUCUUCCUCUCCAUUUGAAUAUCCUUUUGCUGUGGUAACAUGUAAAAGAAGCCAAAACUUUAUCGCUUUAAGUUUCGGUGUCAGUUGGAGGGAAUAUGUCCUUCAAUAUUUUCCCCCUUCAUAUUAAGACUUCCAUUUUCUAGUUAAAUACUGCAUUCCUACUAAUGCUGAGUUUAAAUUAAAUUUAUGAAGGAAUGAUGAAAAAACAUUAAUACUUUGAACCUAGAAGAAUAAUCCUUGCUCUUCUCCCACCAUCUCUAAUAUUUUCUUAAUGUCUGUGGCUCAGUGUAUAUUUUGAAAGAUCCAUUACAGCAGAUGUUUGAGUCCUGAUGGUUUAAAAAAUGAUAGAGGGAACAAAGGAUUUAUAUAUUUUUUUUGUACAGAGUUUUUUCUUAAACUGUAUAAUUUUGUAAAUAUUUUGCUUUUUGUGUACUAAAACUACCAGCGUAUAGAUUUCAAUAAGAAUUGUUGUAUUUUUGUAUUUGGAAACUGAAGAUUACAGUGAACGAAUGAAGCUGUAAGAGAAAUUUCAGUAGCCUUUGACACAGUUAAACAGAAUGGGGUUUCCUUUUCAUAUGGUUUUAGCUCUAAAAGGACACACCUUAUCGGCACACUUCGUUGAGAGACACUUUUGCCCUUGCUCAUAUGUAUUGGCUUUUUUUAUUUGGGUGAGAUAGGCGAGAGGCAAGGGAGGAAGAUUUAUUUAAUGGGCUUUGGAGAGAUUUAUAUAACAUUUUCUUUUGGUAUACACAUUGGUAGCCUUACAUAAAUCCUCAAGUGACAUCCCAAACAUGAUUUCUAAGCAUUGAAGCACAAAAGUGAGUUGUGCCUCUGAACUUAGCUUGUGUAUUUAAAACAUGCUAUUAUGCUGCCUAUCACUUAUAUUACCAAUAAUAUAACAGUAAUUGACUUAAUUCUGGUGUUUAAGGAGUGGGAAAGCUGUUUGAAAGUGACCUUCAUUUUGCCAAAGCUAGAGGAUUUCCCUGUGUUGUAUUUUAGGGCUUAGUAGGUAAUACUAAAUUGUUUAUUUUUAAGUAGGUAACUGAGAAUGCCCAUUUUAUUUUUUUAUGGUAACAUUUUAUUUUUAUUAUGAAAUUAUAAUGUACACCUUCAGAAAGUACAGUUGACUUAAUUCCUAAUCAGUACUAUAUCUAUAUAUGAAUACCAAGCAACAUAUGUAUAGGAAAUUUAAAAUAAAAUGUUACCAAACUAAAGCCUAGUUUACAGACAAUACAACUGUAUAUGCUAAACGUUAAACCUUGGUAUGAAGAAUUAUUCUUCAUUUCUUUAUCAUCAAAUUAAGUUCUUAAGCAUAACAAAGCCCAUGAGCUGAAAAGAUUCAUUUGAAAACACUUGCCCAUUUAUGAUGAAAAUGUUUCAACAGUUUUUAACAAAAUCAUGUGAAAAGGAAUAUAAGUUCCUCUUGAUGUAUAGUAAACUUGUACUAUAGUUUUUACAAAAUUGUGAACUUGUGUAAUAGUAUAAUAGGAGAUAUUGUUGAAUUUCUAACUGUUUAUACAUUUAAAUUCAUAUAUGUAAUGUUUGUUUUAUUGAUUACAAUCUGAAUUUCUAAGAUGCAUGUUGACUUUUUGCAAUAAAGAUAUAAUAUGGAAUGGUUCAAAAUUUAAAAAAAGAAAAAGCUACAAAUAACUCUAACUUAAAAAAAUUGGAAAACUGAAGAACCAUUCCAAAAAAUUACAACCAUCACAAAAAGAGCUGUAUCACUUUUCUUCUGAAAAAUGUGUGUGUGUGUGUGUGUGUGUGUGCGUGUGUCCCUGUAUGUGCAGGCUUUUGCUUGCCUUAUAGUUAACAAAUAUUGCUGAAGCAGCUGGAGAGAAGAUAGUUUCUCUGUGGAGAGCAUUACAGUUCUGUAAGAGCCAGUAUGAAGUAAUGUGGUCAGCAAACUGUGAGUAUAUUUGUGUUUUGCAGAAAAUGACAAAGCAUUUCAUAUCUUUUUAUUUAAAGGGUAAACUAAUUAUUUUAAUGCACCUUUGCCAGUGCACUGAACAAAAUGAAUUCCAGUCCAUCGACCUUUUGAAACAAUUUGAAACAAUAAAACUGCAAUGUGCCAAUUGUAAAACCAAGUUAAGAGUGAUCUAAUGCAAAGUGAGAACCAGUGUUGGUCCCAUAUUUAUACUAAAUCUUUAGAGCUUCUCUUUCCUUUCUAAAGUUCUAUUUAAAAGUAGCAAUGAAUGGAGAAUUAUUUUAGACUAGGAGUGAGUUACACACCCUACAGCCCCUUAAAGCAAAUGCAUAUCACCUGAUGAUCUCUAAGGCGGGAUGGUAUCAGAGUAUAAAUAAGAUUAAAGUUUGUCACAACAUAGCAUGCCCCCCCCCCCAUUGAUCCAAUCUGUUAAUCAGAACUUCUACCACUGCCACUGUUUCUAGCCUUUAAUGUCCACCAAUCAGUUCCUUAAAUGCCUCUGCAUUUUCUUCCGUGUUGUCCCUUCUGCAUAUGGGGGGGGGGAAUCAUCCAGUCUCAUCCUUAUCCUUCUUCAAAUUACUCCUUAGAAUUUGCUCUAUCACGAUGCCUACAAAACCUUGCUUACUGAUCAUGGCCAGGCAGGUGACAAGCUGUGACUUUUUCUCUUCCCUUUUUUUACUUCUAGUCUCUUUUUAAAAAAAAAAAAAAAAGGCUGUGCUACAUGCAACAGUGGUGUCAUUUCUUCACCAUGCUCAUUCACUGGUGUGUUGUAUCCCUAUUACCCAACCCUUCAUCUGUCUGUCAUUAGAUUGUAAGUACUUCAAGGCGGGAAUUGGCUUUUCUGUAUUUUACAGUGUUCUCCACAAUGGGUCCCAACCCCAAUUGGGGGCCUUAGGCAGUACCAUAAUGGAAAUAAAAAAAGGUUUUCAUUUUUGGAGCUUGUUUCCUUUGCCUAAAAUAUAAAGUCUUGGUGCAAUAUCUGCCUUACGAGAUAAGGGCUUUUGAAGGAAAGAGACCUUGAAAUGGGGAUGUUUAGGGUGUGAGAUUUGGAAUAGAGAAUAAAUAGUUGCCCCAAAAACCACUAAUUGAACAUGUUUUCUAAGCAAGAAAAGGUAAUAGAAAUCAUCCUGUGUGUAUUUCAGGACUCUUAUUUUUUUCUCUCAUGUUUUUGCAGAUCUUUUGUAUGGGAAUAUAGCUGUCUUGCACCUGAAUUUUAUAAAUGCCCUUUUACUGGUAUGUGGCAGUUACACUUAUGGUAGAGAAGAAAGUAUUCUUUAAAACCAUUUAUGGUCAAAACAAGACUUAUUAAGGAAUCUAUUAACAGAACAAAUUGAAGGAUCUGCCAUUGACGCACAUUUCUGCAGUCCAUUGAAGGUUAACCAACCAGUCCAGGUUUUGGAGUUAGGCUACUUGAUAUAGGUAGGACUGUGGUUGUGAGGCAGCACCCUUUGCUAGAUGUGGAUCCCGCCAGGAUGAUCUGUGCUUUCUUCAGUCAACUUCAGGCUGGGCAUGCACACUUUCUAGAAAGAGAGGUGAGGGUCACGGAAGCUUCGCUUGGGUGUCGUGGCAGCCUGUAGUCUAAAGCAAUACAGAUGAGCACAUCAAACUAAUUCUUCUGUUCUACGCUGUUUCCCUGUCAUAUUGGAUCCACUUCAACUUUGACAUUUCAUCUAGACCUUGGACUGCAGGCAUGACUGUUGGUCUGCCUCUCUUCCAGAGACUUGCCUCAACAGCUUCAGUCAGUAGCAAUGCUCAAGCUAACAGCCAGCAGUGCAACUUUGGGGGCACACCUCUAUCGCCAAAGGCCAUAUCCAUUAAACCUUCUUCCUCAGGACAUCAGGAUGAGCCAGACUUGCAAGACAGGUGUUUUCACAGAUAUUCCCCCAACCACCACCAAAUGAACUCUUCCCACGGGGUAGCAACCCUGCAGAAGCAGCUAAAUCAGUGGUGGAAUGGGAGUAGGAUCUUUUCAGAUUGUUUAAAUUGUGCGUAUGGUGAUUAAAACCAUGGAGUUGCCUGUAUUAAAUGUAUAAGUUAGGUAGCUGUGGAGGAAAAACUUGUGGUUAUGUGAUUUUGUUUUAAGAGCUGAUUGGAGAAAGACGUGACAGGAUUAGAGUGUUAUAAACCAUUUUAAUGAAGUUAGAUUCAUAGGGCAUACAGCAGGUGAGAAGGUAAAAAAUGAACAUUGCUUAUUCCAUGGUGGUCGUGAUCACAUCUAGGGUGUAUGUUUGUGUGCAAAAUACAUUAAAUACAUAUUAUACAUGGGGGAAUGUUUUUUGCAGAACAUUGUCUUCAGAUAAUCUGUCAUAGAGUUCAUAUAGCACAAAUCCUGUUACAAUAAAGGGAUGAAAUUGUUACAUUUUUUUAAAGAGGUAAAAUGAAAACAUUUGAUUUUUAUUAGAUAUUUGAAUUAAGUCCUACUUGCUUUUGGGACAUGGUCUUCCAGGAGGAGAUGGUUAAUGUCAAAGUUGUUACAGAGAAAACAUUUUAAAAAGUUUGAUAUGUAAAGAACAUUUGAAAACUGGACUUUAAUGAUUGACAUUAUUUUCUUAGUCCUGUUUUACCACCAAGGAGUCAAACAUUCCAUCAAGAUUUAUCUAAAGUCCUUUAAGUUUUCUCAACACUAUCCUUCAUCCUAUACUCCUGCCUUCCAGGUACCCCUUUUCUUUACCAUUUCUCAGUUUUUGUGGCUUCUGGAGAAAGGUGGGUUUUUUUUAAGGUAGCUUUUAGAUUUUGAACUUUAUUUAAAAAACAAAAAAAGUGUUACACACUUUAUUUACAUUGUAUAUAUGUCUAACCAGUAGUUGAUGGAAAUAAUUGCAGAUAUGUCUUCAUUCUAAGUAUCUGACUAUAUUGAAAGUGAGUAAUAGGAACACUGUCAAAAUGGAAUGACCCUAACACAAUUUGUGGUGGGCUCUAUUCAUUGCAAGCUUUAUUUAUUGUAUACAAGAUUGAAACGCCACAGAUGAAGCAGUACAUUGAAUACUCAUGAUCUGUUAGAAUUUCCCCCAAAUAGGUUAUUUUAGCUGUGCACUGUAAACUGGUUGGUUGCUAAUUGAUAGAAAACAUGCUAUGGAAGUUGCACAUAUGAGGAUGAGAGGAAAAAUGUGUUGUAGACCCUAGGGAGAAUUACUGCCAGUGAAAGUGUCAGGAAGAGCAAUGGAUCCAAAUGAACGGGACCAGUUCUGGCAUUAGUUUUUUAACUAGUGCAUUUUUUUAAAACCAGGUAUUGUAUUUAUGAUCAUUCAGUGUGUUUAAAAGACAGAUCCCCUCUUCUUUUCAAUAUUUGUCUUGCCUUGUUUAUGUAAAAUUAUGACACAAUUGGGUCUAUUGUACUUGAUAACCUUUUUUGGUAAUUAUAAUUUGGUAUUCUGUGCAUCUCACACUGAUAACCUUAAAGCGCUUCUACUCCAUGUGAUUUAUUUAAAUGUUAAUAAAUUAUACAUUUCUGGCA